GGAUGAAUAAGUUCUAUGGUAGGAUUCCAAAUUUAUUUGUCAACAACAGUUUCUUGUCAACUCUCAGCCUAAAUGGCAACCAGUUGGAAGGGAAACUGCCACGGUCUUUGGUUAAUUGUAGUUACUUGGAAAUUCUAGACGUGGGGAACAACAACUUGAAUGAUACCUUUCCACAUUGGUUAGGUGUGCUUCCAUCGCUAAAAGUUCUCAUCCUUCGAUCUAAUAGAUUUCGUGGUGCCAUUAGCAAUUCUGUGCCUGCAUUUUACUUCCCUCAGUUAAAAAUCAUUGAUGUCGCACAGAAUGAUUUUAUGGGUCUCCUACCGAGUAACUAUUUCAAAAUUUUGAAAGGUAUGAGAGAUGUAGCUCCAACUGAUAAAGUCAAAUUGGAAUACAUUGAUAAAUGGGUGCCAUGUGUGGGAGAUGCAGGUUGCCGACAGCUUGAAAAUGAUUAUAAGGAUUCUGUGAAGGUUGUAAUGAAAGGGUUACUGGUGGAUCUUACAAGGAUCUUGACAAUUUUCACAACUAUAGAUUUCUCGAGCAAUCAAUUGCAUGGACCGAUUCCUGAAGAGCUGGGAGAACUCAACUCACUUAUAUUGCUAAACUUAUCUCACAAUAGUCUCAAUGGUCAAAUUCCGUUAUCAUUGGGGAAAUUAGCAGAACUUGAGUCAUUAGAUCUCUCAUCAAACAAGCUUGAAGGCAGGAUUCCAGAGCAAUUAACAAAGCUGACGUUCUUAUCAAUUUUGAAUCUUUCACACAAUGAACUUGUGGGCCACAUACCUGAAGGGAAGCAGUUCAAUACUUUCUCAAAUGAUUCCUACAUUGGGAACUCUGAGUUGUGUGGAUUCCCAUUGACAAAGAAAUGUGAAGAACCAAGACCACCUUCACCGCAAUUUGAUGAAGAAGAAGACUCUACAGCAGUCUUUGAGUGGAAGUUUGCAGUGGCAGGCUAUGGAUGUGGACUGGUGUUGGGACUUAGUCUGGGAUACAUUGCCUUCACUACAGGAAAACCAUGGUGCAAGCAGGUGCGGUUGAUUUCCUACUUCCGGGCAGAUCUGGCAACAGUUGCUUCUUGAGCUUGUUUCCAUCUUUUUCAUGUUCAUUGUUGCUAUAUGGUUAUAUUGACUUGUGUGGGAAUUAUGGUUAUGUAUGAAUUUGUGUUGAUUUCUUUUGGAUUUGAUCUAUCUACUCUGCACGCAGUUCUCGUGUAUUUUGUUACUGUACUUUGAUCCUUCUGUGAUUUUUGCCGAUCAAUCUCUUCAUAUCAUAUUUUAUCCUCUUCUUUUGGUUUGGUUGCCUUUGAACGGUGCGUUUCACUGAAUAAAAAUGAAAAUUUCUU